CUCACAUGGUAGUGAACUGUUAAUAGAGAGAGGGCAUACAUUUGGACCAAAGCUUCUGACAUACCGUCACACCCGGGAAUGUAAAGAAAAUGUCUGCUGCUAAAGUGAAGAUGCGGGAGAAGAAGAUGAGGAACCAGCCCACUAGUGUGCAGUAUCCAUCUUCUCCCCUGAGUGUGGAGAGCAGCACACAGAACGGAGGAGACACCCCGGUCACUGGUGGAGAUGUUGGUGAUGGUCCAUCUGACACCCAUCCAUCUACAGAGAGGCAGAAGAGCUCUCACCACCAGAGUGGAUGGGUCCGUGGACACCAGAAAGAUGGAGGAAGCUACGCCAAAGAAAUGCCCAAGUACAUCACUGCUGGUGGUUUUGCAAGAGCCAGGGCAGCAGAGGUGAGCGCCAUGUUGAAAGCCGUCACCAAGACAACAGGCAGCUGCCAUGUGUCUGCAGCCCUGCCCAAACACAUGAGGAGACGGGCCAUGAGCCACAACACCAAGCGGCUCCCUUACAGACUGAGAGAAGUGGCCAACAGAAUGCGGCAGAAGAGCCUCCAGGCUGGCUCAAAGAAGAAGAAGGAACAGGCAAAGAACAAGAGCCGUAAGGCCCGCCGCCGGCAUGGAAACCUGCUGCUGGAGUUCAACCGACGUCAGAGGAAGAACGUAUGGCUGGAGACGCACAUUUGGCACGCCAAGCGCUUCCACAUGGUUAAAAAGUGGGGCUACUGCCUCGGGGACAGACCCACAUACAAAUGUUACCGGCCCUGCUACAGAGCCAUGAGCACCCACUGUUUGCUGCAGGAUCUUUCAUACUAUUGCUGCAUAGAGCUACAGGGAGAGGAAGACAAGCUGCUGGCUGCUCUGUCACAACUGACCAACAAGGAAACUGGUCCUACAUUUGCUGCGGCACUCUGUAUAUCAGGGCGAAGACAGGGCAGUGUGGUGAUGUACAGAGCGGGACAUUACCCCUUGCAGCCCCUGGGCCCUGUCACCUUUCUCUGGAGACCCCGUACACAGGGCUCAAGUCACAGACAGCUGUGGAUCUGGGCUCAUCCCACUAUUAAACAGGAUCUUCUCCCUGAAUUACAAAGAGUGUGCCAGUGUUGUGAAGCUGUAGUUCCUCCAGUUGUGCCAGUGGUAACACCUGCAGAGGUUGCUCCCACCCCAGAACCAGAACUUAAACCUCCAAAGACACAUGGGGCCAUACAAAUCUCCCGGACCAAGAGAAAGCGGAACUGUAAGGAUGCCAGUGGACCUCCUGCCAAGAAGAUCCUGGGAGAUGGUAGCAGAUCUCCCACCACCCCGGUCACAUGGAGGUCCAGCUCAACUGGAAUAGUUAUAAAUGAUCUCACGAUGGAGAUUGUACGCUAUCGCCUGAUUGGACCACAGUCCCAUUCUGUUCUGGCUGAAACUUUGGAAGCUGCUACAGACUGUGAGGAAAUGAAUAAAUCCCAGCCAUCCCCCCUUUGGUGGCCUGAGCACUGCAAAGAUGAGAGCAAGAUGAAACUGCAUCAACAACAAGCUGAUAUCUUUCACAUACUGAAAGACAUCUAUUCGACUGGAGAGCUCCCCUCGGGCGCAGUGCUGGGUCUGGCCGUAGAUGACCCCAGGCUGACUUUACCAACAAAGAAGGUUAAAGCUUUGCCCUGUGUAAAGCAGGCACAAGAGGUGGACGAGGAGAAGAGGAGGGAGCUGAUGCUGCGAGGAGUACCAGAACACUGCUGUCAGAGCUUCCUGUGGGAGCAGUCUGUACGGGACAAUGUCACUGAUAACAAGAUAUCAGAGCAGGAGCUGAACCGUAUGAGGAGCGACGUGCUGGUGCCGGGCUCCAGGCUGAGCCCCACUCCCCUGCAGGGACGAGUCCCCAUCCUGCUGGUUCACCAGCCUGGCAAGCAGGUGGGACAUGAGAUGAGCUCCUGGGGUGCUGGAUGGGACCUGCUGCUUCCUAAAGGCUGGGGCAUGGCCUUCUGGAUCCCACUGGUGUACAGAGGAGUCCGCAUCGGUGGGCUGAAUAUGAGUCUAAAACACUCUCAGAAUAAAGGAGCCCCCAACUUCCCCCAUGAUUACCCAGACUGCCCCGCAGGCAUCGGUUUUCAGGAGGAGCAGGAGGCCGAGCUCCUGGACAAGUUCAAAAGGCGUCCACCCGCCAAAAGGACCAAUUACAUUAAACAUGGCUGUCUGGCUCCGUUCCGUUGCCCAUGGCAACAGCUGGCUGAGGAGUGGGAGCUUAUCACGAGUGAAGGAGGAGAGGAGCAGAAAAGAGACAGCCAGACCCAAACCACAACUGACGCUGACACAGUUAUGGAGGAGGAGAUGACAUCACAUACCGCUGUAACAAAGCCUCAGAGCCGCUUCACCGUGCUCAGGAGCAGAAAGUCUCUGAGGCUGCUCUCUGGUUGGUGCAGACCCACGACAUCUAAAGGUCAGAGGCCGUGCCGUGCUGGGGAGGUGCCCCCUCUCGACUCCUCAGCGAUGACGUCGUUUCUCACAGAGCACGGGAUGAGUCUGGUGUGGGUGCGUCUGUCGCUGCUGUCAAAGGGCAAACCGGAGCUCCAUGCCAUGGUGUUUGUGCCAAGCACAGAGGACCUGAAGCUGCUGAGCAACAAGUCUGACAGCAGUGGCCCCCAGGAGCUUGCACACAAAAACCACUUUAAAAGCAGAAUGAAACGCAGAAAGAAGGGCUCCAAGAAAACGGCUACAUCCUCCUUGUCCUCUGAUAAGACCGAGGGUAAAGGGUCAGACCUCCCCUCUGCCUCUGAACCAAACCUCACCACGUCUUCUGAAGACCCCAAAUCAUCCUCUGAGUCAUCCACAGACCUGAUCUUUGGGCUGUGGCCGGAUCCUCUGCCGAGCAUCACCUCUCACUGCUCCCGAGUGACUCUAGGCUGGGUUACUCAGGGUGACUUCUCCCUGUCUGCAGGCUGUGGGGAGGCUCUGGGGUUUGUCAGCGUUGCUGGUCUCGUCAACACCCUCCUCAACCAGCCAAAAGAACACAGAGGAAUAUUGCUGUUGCGCAACCCCACCUCCCUGCAUUACCGCUUUGCUAAAAUCAACAUUGAGGUCUGAUUGAAACAUCUGAUCCU